AUGUUGGUUGCGGCGCGCUCGCGCGAGAAGGAGGCGGAGAAGAGGCUCGAGGACGCCAGGCUAGACAUCAAGAGUCUCGAGGGCUCGCUGACGGCGGCCAACCUGAACAUCCGGGAGCUCGAGGAGAAGCUCGAGGAGAAGGAGAGGAUCCUGACCGAGCGCGUAGAGGCGCUGACAGCCUCGAUGGACCACGAGCAGACCCUGGAGCUCGAGGUGGCCGACCUGAGGACGGUCCUCGAGACGCAGAUCGACGAGAACAAGGCCACGAAGGCCAUCCUGCAGCAGGAACGCGAGGCCGCGGCCGUCCUCAAGAAGGCGCACAAGUCGGCGAUCGCCGAGGUGCGAGAGCUGCUUGCGACGAAGCGGAACCUCGAGCAGGACGUCGCGGACCUCGAGCAGGACAAGGAGGAUCUCCAGACCUCCCUGGCCGAGGUCGGCACCGCGCUGGACGACCUCGCGGAGGAGAAGAAGCAGUACGAGGAGGAGAUGGAGCGCGACCUGCAGGAAGCCCUCGACCGGAUUGCCGCGCUGACUGUGCGCUCGGAGGAGGCCGAGGAGCGCGCGGACGGCCUGGAGCAGGAGGUCGUCGUCGCCGUGGACCGCUACGAGGCCACGGCCGCGGCCGCAUCGGAGCUCUCGGACCAGCUGGACGCGAUGGAGGAGGCGAUGAAGAAGCUCGAGCGCUCCCGGGAGACGUACUUGAACAAGCUCAACGACUCCCAGUCUGAACUGAUCAACAUGUCGAAACAGGCCAACGACGCCAUCGGGGCGCUGAAGGGCGCGCUGGAGGAGACCCGUGCGCGGAACAAGGAGCUCGAGUACGACAUCGAGCACCUGCGCCCGCGCAUGAAGGAGCUCGAGGCCGCGUGCACGCAGUCCCAGCAGGACCUGUCGGUGGCGCAGGCGCUGAUCGAGCACACGGAGCAGGAGCUCGCCGACACGCGCGGGGACCUCGAGUCGUCCUCGGAGCGCGUCGGGCAGCUCGAGCGGGAGCUCGCGGAGGCCCGCGGCGGCCUCGAGGCGGCCACGCAGCGCGUCACGCAGCUGGAGAACGAGCUGGAUGCGGCGCGCACCGAGUCGGCGCGGGCGAGCGAGCAGCUGCAGACGACGACGGAGCAGACCUCGCAGGAGCUGAGCGGGGCGCUGGCCGAGGUGCAGAGCCUGACGGAGCGCGUGGCGACGCUCGAGAAGGAGCUGGCGGAGGCGCGUGGCGACGUGGCGCGUACGACGGAGUCGCUGCAGAUGACCAAGGCGCAGCUGGCGCAGACGCGGGUGCGCGCGGAGGGCGCGGAGGGCGCGCGGCUGCGCGCCGAGCGCGCGCUUGCGGCCGCGGAGCGCCGCGUGUCGGACCUGAAGGCGGCGGUGGCGGCGGCCGAGGCGGGCCCGACGAACGAGGAGGACGACAGGGCGAAGGCGGCCGCGGCGAAGGCGGUCGCGAGCAAGGCGGCCAGCGCGAAGCCCGCGCAGGGCGCCGCGGACGCGCGCAUCGCGCAGGUGGAGGCCAACCUGAAGGCGGCACAGGCAAAGGCGGAGGCGGACCGCAAAGAGAGCGAGAUGAAGGCGGAGGCCGAGCGCAAGGAGAGCGAGAAGCAGGCCGCCGAGGCCAAGGCCGCGGCCGAACGCAAGGACGCGUCGCCGGCCAAGGGUUCAGAGGCCGCGAAGCCCGCGGCGCCGCGUUUCCCUUGGAACCGAGCGCCCGCGCCACCCCCGGAGGACAUCCCCGUGAAGACCCCCCCCGCGGCGAAGCAGCCGGCCGCCGCCGUCGACAAGAAGGGGUCGAAGGAGGAGCCGACGGAGGCGCCGAAGGCUGGGGCAGGCGCGAACGCAGCCCAGGCUGCGAAGGCGAGCGGCGACGACGACGCGGGCGACGCGGCGGCGAAGGGCGACGAGGCCGAGGCCGCCGCGGCGGCGACGCAGGCCGCCGGGAAGGAGGAGGAGAAGGCGGGCGGCGCGGAGGAGGACGCGGAGGACGGUGACGGCAAGGGCGACGAGGACGGGGGGGACAAGGGCGCGACCAAGGCGAGCGGGGGGCCGAAGCCGCCACCGGGGAGCGGUCCGGACCGGAUGCGGCGGACGGUGGCGGGGCGCAAGGCGAAGUGGGUGCGCGGGACUCGCAAGGACUGGGUCAAGAGGUGA